AUGGCGCAUCUGGCGGCCUGUGCGCCUCUCGGCGCUUGCACCACGAAGCAGAACGCCUCGCUGCGUUCGCAAUCGGCCCGCGUCGUGCCCCGUGCGCACCACGCUGACGGGGAGACGCAAGCAGCGUCCCCGGCGCUCACCAGGCGAGGCGCUCUGGCGGCCGGGAUCGCGGCGGCGUCGCUCGUUCUCGACGCGCAGGAGUCUGGAGCAGUCGGGUUCAAGAAGGAGCUCAAGGACAAGCGGCGCGGGCGCACGAGGAUCCCCGAGGAGGAGUACACCAAGGAGCUGCAGGACGGGGUCAAGUACGUGGACCUGGAGGAGGGCACGGGGGAGGUGGUGAAGAAGGGCACCAAGGUCACCGCGCACUACGACGCGUUCUUCCGCGGCAUCGACGCGUCGAGCUCCCGGCAGGCGCGCUUCCUGAACGAGAACAUCAACCUCCCGGAGCCGUACGACUUCGCCGCGGGCAGCGAAAUCAGGAUCAGCAAGUCCAAGGAGCUCCCCCUGCCGCCCCAGGCCCUGACGAUCGGCGUCAUCGGGAUGAAGCCCGGCGGGAAGCGCAUGCUGCUUGUCCCGGCGGACCCGUGGGGCUACGGCGACAAGGGGUACGCGGAGGUGCCGCCCGGCGCCACCAUCGAGGUGCUCAUCGAGCUGUUGUCGAUCGGUGAAGCGUGA